GUUUGAGAUGCAGCAGCCAUCUCCCCCAAUUCCUCCUGUCCAUCCUGAUGUGCAGUUAAAAAACUUGCCCUUUUAUGAUGUUCUUGAUGUUCUCAUCAAGCCCACAAGUUUAGGAUUAUACUGCAGUAAAUCUUGGUUGUGCCAGAAGGAAGUUUUGAGGGGCAGAGCUGGUUAAUGGAGUCAGUAUGGCCUGUUUGAUUGGCAGGCCAAGGUGGCUUUGCUUUUCUUAGGCCCUUUCUCCUUGCUUUUUUAAAAAAACAAAACUGAGCAAGGCAGAUUCAGGCUGGUGAUAUGUGCUGAGGUGACCCUGCUUGUGGGACUCCUCAAGAAUAUGGUCAGGCUGAGGACUGAGAAGAUACGAGGACAGUGGAAGGUGUUUCAGAGACAGAAUUGAAUGCCUGGGAAAAAAGACUGGAGACAGAGAAAAUGCAGCAAUGUGUCUUUUCUGCUUAUUAGCAUCCAUGAUGCACCAAGAGUUCAAAGCAGUAUUCAGCGAUUUCAAGAGAAGUUUUUUAUUUUUGCUCUGACACCUCAACAAGUUAGAGAGAUAUGCAUAUCCAGGGAUUUUUUGCCAGGUGGUAGGAGAGAUUAUACAGUCCAAGUUCAGUUGAGACUUUGCUUGGCAGAGACAAGUUGCCCUCAAGAAGAUAACUAUCCCAAUAGUUUAUGUAUAAAAGUAAAUGGGAAGCUUUUUCCUUUGCCUAUCCUGUGCCAUUGUUUUAUUUGGUUAACCUACCAGUGGACACACCAGAAGACAGAAUUAUCUUCUAGACCAAAUACAGGAAAAACAAAGGGCUAUGCACCACCACCUAAAAAUGGGAUUGAACAGAAGCGCCCUGGACGCCCUUUGAAUAUUACAUCUUUAGUUAGGUUAUCUUCAGCUGUGCCAAACCAGAUUUCCAUUUCUUGGGCAUCAGAAAUUGGAAAGAAUUACUCCAUGUCUGUAUAUCUUGUACGACAGCUCACAUCAGCCAUGUUAUUACAGAGAUUAAAAAUGAAAGGUAUUAGAAACCCUGAUCAUUCCAGAGCACUAAUUAAAGAAAAACUUACUGCAGAUCCUGAUAGUGAAAUUGCUACAACUAGCCUUCGGGUAUCCUUGAUGUGCCCUUUAGGGAAAAUGAGGCUGACAAUCCCAUGCCGAGCAGUGACUUGUACACAUCUACAGUGUUUUGAUGCUGCCCUUUAUCUGCAAAUGAAUGAGAAGAAGCCCACCUGGAUUUGUCCUGUGUGUGACAAAAAAGCUGCCUAUGAAAGUCUAAUUUUAGAUGGGCUUUUUAUGGAAAUUCUCAGUGACUGUUCUGAUGUGGAUGAGAUCAAAUUCCAAGAAGAUGGCUCUUGGUGUCCAAUGAGACCGAAGAAAGAAGCUAUGAAAGUAUCCAGCCAGCCGUGUACAAAAAUAGAAAGUUCAAGUGUCCUCAGUAAGCCUUGUUCAGUGACUGUAACCAAUGAGGCAAGCAAGAAGAAAGUGGAUGUUAUUGACCUAACAAUAGAAAGCUCUUCUGAUGAAGAGGAAGACCCUCCUGCCAAAAGGAAGUGCAUCUUUAUGUCAGAAACACAAAGCAGCCCAACCAAAGGGGUUCUCAUGUAUCAGCCAUCUUCUGUAAGGGUGCCCAGUGUGACUUCGGUUGAUCCAGCUGCUAUUCCGCCUUCAUUAACAGACUACUCAGUACCAUUCCACCACACGCCAAUAUCAAGCAUGUCAUCAGAUUUGCCAGGUUUGGAUUUUCUUUCCCUUAUUCCAGUUGAUCCCCAGUACUGUCCUCCUAUGUUUUUGGAUAGUCUCACCUCACCCUUAACAGCAAGCAGUACGUCUGUCACCACCACCAGCCCCCAUGAAAGCAGUACUCAUGUUAGUUCAUCCAGCAGCAGGAGUGAGACAGGGGUCAUAACCAGCAGUGGAAGUAACAUUCCUGACAUCAUCUCAUUGGACUAAAGGAGGACUCACUCGAUUCUAGGAAUCAUUCAUCAAAACUGCACUUUCUUGGAUCUCUGGUCCAUGGAAGCUAUUUUUUUGGUAACAAUUACUUUGAUAUUUAUUGAAACGUCAAAUGGAUUCUUUUGCUUUCUGAGAGAUGAACACACAUGACUGCAGCAAGAACCAGAUGACACACAGGAUUUUUCUUACUUGUGCUGUACUCUGAGCAUCAGAUGUGUUCAGCCAUUAACUAUCUUCCUGGGAGACGGAUUUCAAUUUCAUGUUAACUGGAUGGAUUCUACAAAUCAGUUAAACAUUUUUUUUGUUUGUUUUAAUAAACAGCAAUAAAAUCAUGUAAAUGUUCAAGUAAACUUUUUUCUAAUUAAAAAGAUGUAAUAAAUGAUUCUAAAAUGACUUUUGUUUAACCUGAUGUGAAGGAAAAAUAUACGGAAAGAAGUUACGUUUGCCAAAAUGAGUCAUUUCCACGGAGAUUUGUUCUAUUUUGUUGAACUGAUGAAGUCUUGAUAAGUGGCCAAAGCUUGGGUUCCACUUUUCUUCCUGAUUCCAUCAAAGAAAAAUGGCCUUUGUGUUAUGCAUUUUUCCCUAGUUGUCAUUUACACGUUGAUAUUGUUUGCUACUGAAUGCAGAGAAAUUUUAGGAUCUGGCUGCUCUUUAUUACCGAGUAUGUUGAAGAACACUACGCAGAUUCUACCCUGACAUAAUGUGUGUUAUUUUUGUCAAUUGAACAUUCUCAUUCUAGAGAUUGCUAUAAAUUUGGGGCUUGCCUUCUCAAAAAAGAAAUUCUAUGCAGCCAUUGAAAGAAAUGUUUUUGGAGUAAGGUGGCUGGAAUGUUUAUUAGAAUUUUGUUCAUACUGUCCAGGAAUAUCGAGAGCUUGGAGGCAAUGGAAGAACAGAUUUAGGAGAGGUGGGAAUAGCAAAGUUUAAUUUGUUCCUAAGGACUUCUUUUGCUCGUUUACUUUAUAGAAUAAUAUGCAAAUCUUUGUUGAAACUUUUCAGAUUUUAGUAACACUAACCAAGCAAAUAUAUUUUAGAUCUCUGAAUUUAAAGAAAACCCAAAUAGCGAGAGAGAAGAAUGGCAUCAGAUUUCCUUUUUCUUUUUUUAAAAGAGAAAUCUUUCCUGAAACCACAAAAGACAAAACAGAAUUAGAAAUGUUUGAAUUUAAAGAAGGAAGAGGUUAGGAUAGGCCUGAACCCCACUUUAAAAACCACUGUAUUUUCUUUUGUUUCAUUUGGCGUCCUAAAUAAUUUUCUAGUUCUCAAGGAGUUAGUACUUUCCCAAUGUUUAGCUAUCUCUAUUUUAAAGAUAAAAUCCUUUUUGUAAAAUGAUUCUCAAGCUGAAGUGCCCGGGUAAAGAGUACCAAUGUCAGUUAGAACAGGGACGCAUUACUUCAGGGUUGGUGCAACUCCAGGGAGCUAGCUGACUUGUUAGUGCUUGGUUUUUACACCUCAAGUUUUCAUGGUCUUUUUUGUACUGAUUUAAGAUCAUGUGAUUUUCUGUAUCAUCCCUUCUUUGGCUACAUCAUCCCCUUAAUGUAUAACCCCUUUUUGGAGAGCUGCUUAUUAAAACCGUGGAAAAUAAACUUGCCGUAGUUGCACCAUAGUUGCCAGUUCUGUCUUGUCAUUAGAUUUCCAAUCCAUGUUACAGUCCUUUGGUCCAGAUACAGAAUUUCUUCAUAGUAAAAUUUUAUGUUGCUGCUUUAAAUACAGAUGCAAUUUCUGUGAACUCUGUAAUCAGAUAGAACAAGUAA